AUGUCGAAAAAUCCAAGGUGUUUCAGUGGUAUCAAACAGGAUCGUCUGCCGAUAAUGUACAAAUCUAACAAGAAAGCCUGGAUGACUGGCGAAAUCUUUGAAGAAUGGCUACACUGGUUUGACAGACAAAUGAAAGGUAGAAAAGUGCUUCUUUUUGUGGACAAUGCACCAUCCCAUCCUCAGGUUAAUCUCAAAAAUGUCAAUGUUAAGUUCUUACCACCAAAUACAACAUCUCUAUGCCAACCAAUGGACCAAGGAAUAAUUCAGGCAAUGAAACUCAAGUACAGGAAGAAACAACUACAGUACGUGAUCAGUCAAUUGGAACUUAAGCAGGGAAAAAGUGGAUUUGAUCUGUUGAAAGAUAUAAGUGUGCUGGAUGCAAUUUACUGGGUUGCACGUGCAUUUAAAGAAGUUGAAAUAAGCACCAUUGUUGAGUGUUUCGCGAAGUGUGGAUUUCAGUUAAACAGUGUUGAAAGUGAAAGUGAAUGCACAGUGUUGAACGAUUCAGAGAGUGAUGAAGAGGAGGAUGAUAACUAUCCAAUAGCGCUUCAUGUAAUGGCUCGACAGUUGUUCGAUUGUGAUUUUAUGGAAUUGUUGAAUAUUGACAAGGAGUUCAAAACAUGUGAUUCUGAAAUGAAGGACUGGGACAGGCCUGCUACUGAGUUGCUUUCGGAAAUGAAAGAGCAGGGCAGUGAUGAAAAAUCUGACUGUGAGGAUGAUCAGCUUCAAGAACAAGAAGAUAAUGUGUGUUCUACAAAUGAGUGCUUGGAAAUGAUUGAAAAACUUAAAAAGUAUGCAGUAGCCCAUGAAAAUGAAAAUCUUCUUGGUACAUUUGUUGAUGCCGAGGACAUUAUCACAAGCCAAGAACUUGUAGGGAACACUAAGCAGAGUAAGAUCAGUGACUUCUUUGCCAAACGCUGA